GGCAUUCCCUCAUGGAUGCCCUCGGACUCUAGCAACAUUGUCCCAUCGUCCUGCACAAACCUCACAAUAUAUGAACAUUGAUUCGUAACGCACUGCCUCACAUUGUCGAUCUCAAGAGUCACCUGUGGUGUCGACUCCUUCUCCAUUCUUCGCAGGUCUCAACCUCAUUGCUGAUGCAACGGCCGCGCGCCGUGUCCCGGUUGGGAGGUUUCUGGUUGAAUGCCACUGACAUUCGGGGAUCGUGUGUUUUAGAAUCAGGCCAUAUGUCCCUAGACCCCCACGACCUCAACACAAGUUGUCGUCUUCAAGAUCGUUUACCGGGCUCUCGUACGUUAUUCUCGGAUCAUGUUCAUCCAGCAUUCCUUAAAACUCUAAGCAUCCUCGAGAGCCCAUCUGCGGCUUAUCGAAAAACAAGGUCAUCGUACCUGAACGUGGUCCCUGCGGCAUCGCUCAUUUACUACGAUCCCGCAUGACAAGAUCGUGUCGUUAGGAGAUUCGACAGGGUAGCUAAUUAACAUUCCCGCCGCAUUUACUUCCUAGCGCUGGCGCUCCCAACGAACCAUACAUUGAAGGGCUAAUAUCAUGGCUUCACCAAAGAGAAAUACUCUUCGCCGACUGUAUAUACCGCCGAUUAGCUCUUAUGUACGAACGUUGGUGCAGGGACUGCGAACAUGCACACUACUGCUCUA